AUGCCUAAAAAUGCUCAAAAUAAAGGUCCUUGUGCAAUAAUUGAUUGUCAGAGUAUUAUUGAUACUGAUAGAUUUAGAACAAUUACUGAUAAUAAUGUGAUGCAGAAAGAGGAAGAAAAAGAGUCAGAUAAUUUGGAUGAUAUUGACAGUAAUGAAAAAUGGGGAAAUGAUGAUGAUAGUGGUUGGGAAAAUGUAGAAGAUAUCAAAGAAGAGAACAAAAAUAUAUGCAUGGAGUUGGUUGAAUAUGCAAUGAAAAAGUAUAAGUCAUAUAGAAGAAUUCCUGACUAUGUUAUUCAGGAAUUGAAUAAUAAAAAAUAG